AUGCCUUUGACUGAUUUCGGAAUUGUAGGCCUCGGCCACCGUCGUCUUGCCAUCAAUGACCUGACGCCUGACGGUGUGCAACCUCUGCAUAGCGAUGACGCAAGAAUCCAUGCCGUCGUGAAUGGAGAGAUCUAUGAUCACGACGCUAUUCGAGAACGGUGCAUUCGAGAUCAUGGAUAUCAGUUCAAGGGCUAUUGUGAUAGCGAAGUGUUAAUCGCGCUGUAUAAGAUUUACGGAGCUCCUGGGUUCUUUGAACAUUUAAGAGGAGAAUUCUCGUUUGUCAUUUUCGAUGAGAGAGAUGGGCGGGUGAUCACUGCCCGCGAUCGCUUCGGCAUCAAGCCAAUGUACUGGACUGUUGUCGGCGACGGUUCAGAGCAACAGCUUCUCCUGACAUCUGAGGUCAAAGGCUUCUUGCCCCUUGGCUGGGAGCCUGAGUGGAAUGUGUCUGGUCUUAUCACCGGAGUUUCUCUGCAAGCUGAACAUACGGUCUACAAAGAUGUCUGGAAAUUGAAUCCAGGUUCUUGGAUGGAGAUUGCGGAAAGUGGUGAGAUCCAUCAUCAUCAGUAUUGGGAUCCUGAGUACAAGGAUAAGGUACGUGUCGACAUCAAGCUCUACCUACUCAAAAAUCAAGCUUAUAAACAACAGCAUGAGGUAGAGACGCGUAACUUGGAUGAUAUCAUCCUGGAAGUCAGAGAGAGGAUCGUUGAAGCUGUCAGACUUCGGCUGCGUGCCGAUGUACCAGUAGGCAUCUACUUAUCAGGGGGCAUUGAUUCCUCUGUUGUUGCUGGAAUUGUAACAAAACUUGUCCGAGAAGAGGGUGUUAUGCUUGGCAACCAAGAUGCCACGAAGCGGAUUUCCUGUUUUAGCAUUCAGUUCCCCGAGAACUCUGGUUUCAACGAGGCUGACAUCGCGCAGCGGACAGCGGACUGGCUCGGAGUGCAAAUCCUCAAAAAAGACAUGAACGAGGAAGAGCUUGCAAACAACUUCGUAGAGUGUGUCUACCACACCGAGCACCAUCAUUUCGAUCUCAACUUCGUGGGCAAGUUCUGUCUUUCCACGCUGCCCCGACAACAUGGUGUACCGGUUGUUCUCACAGGUGAAGGCGCUGAUGAACAUUUCGCCGGGUACCCAUUCUUGAUGCCGGACUUUCUCCUGGAACCGGAUUAUGCGUGGCAAGACUCAGCUUUGGCAAAAAAUAACCAGGCGAGAGAGGCUAUGCAAAAGGAAAUGGCAGACGACCUCAAUAACAUGUUCACCAGAGUCGGCAUGUUUGAUCACAAAUGGGAAACGACGGCUCCAGUAUCCCGACAUCUCGGCAUUGGAAAUAACGCUCUAAAGUGGCAGCCCCACUCGGAGAUGUUCGCCCCUUGGGUCCAGGACUCCUAUGGGCGGAAGGAUAUGAGGGACAGUGUGGCUGAGACCAUGUCCGCUGAAGUACGCAAAAACAUGGACGAAAAGUGGCAUACGCUGCACUCCUCGCUCUACUACUACACUCGCGGUGCCCUUCCCAAUAUGAUCCUUACCUGCUUGGGUGAUCGUACCGAAAUGGCACACAGCAUCGAAGCACGGCCACCAUUCCUUGACCAUCACUUGGUCGAAUACGUCAACGGUCUUCCCCCAAGUCUGAAGAUUGCAUAUAAUCAGCCAGAGGGCGACACGGACGGGACGGGUUCAAGUUUAUGGUGGAAGAAUUUAAGUGCUGCCCGUCAAGCCUUAAGUGAAAAGUGGAUUUUGAAGGAGGCUGGCAAGCCUUUCAUCACCCAAGAGCUGUAUGAUCGUCGGAAACACCCGUAUUCGGCCCCUGUCAAGUGGCCUCGGGAAGGACCCAUUCACCAGCUCUUCAAAGAGCUAAUUACAGAGGACUCGGUGAACAACUUGGGGUUCCUGGAUUGGGAGGAUGUCAAAAGCUGGCUUGAGCAUGGGUUUGGGGAUGAUUCUGACCCCAACGCCUUUAGAAAAUUGGUCAUCACCGGAUCAUGGGUUGUCCUGAGCCAGAGGUUUGGAGUCAAAAAAGCGGUCCAAGGAACCAAGCCAAACUGCACGUGA